AGAUAACGGGGAUCACCCCCUCCCUUCGUCACAAUUUUCACGCCUCUCGAAAAAAAUCGAAUGAGAGAGUCCAAAUCUUCCCCUACAACCCCAUUUCAUCUUCUUCUAUCGUUCAAAACACUAGAUUUGAUAUCUUAUAUUUCAAGUCAGGUAGUUGUAUGUAGCUAUGGCGGCAGUGGAAGACAAUCGAUGAAUUGAUUUAACUUACCCACCCAAGAGGACAAACCGUAGUAGGUAUUCACAAAUCACAAUAUCCUUUCUUAUAUUGUUUUCCCCAAACACAAAAAAAAAAAAAAAAAUGUCAAGACAAGUCUGUCUGUCACUAGUCGUUGCUCCUACCGUCCUCUUUUUUUUUUCCCUUCUUUUUUCUCUCCUCCUCUUGCAGCCUUUGGAAGGUUGGAUUCUUCUUCCUUUCUUCCCCUUUUUACACGCUUUGAUUCAAAACACUAUUAAUUAAUCAGUUAAUGACAACUCCUUAUCUUAAUCUCUCUCUGUGUCUCAAAUAAAUCCCAAAAUUUCCUGUAAGCUAAUCAAUUAGCCAUCAUCAUCACACGUAUACAGACAAAAUCCCAACCUUUACUUAUUACACCCUCCACCGAAACCAAACAGAAAUGCAAAGUCAAAACAGCACAAAAAAAGAAGCAUAAGAAAGGAGAGAACAGUUGUAAUCAAUUAAGGCCAUUAGCAACAGCAAGCAUUGAUUUUGGUGUGUACCUAAAUGAAAAAACGAAGCACACUGACAAACGCCUUUCUUUCCCCCCAAUUAUUUUUAGUUGCUUAUCGUGGCGUUGUCUGCUUCUCAAUGGCCAAUACACUGUUCUUGAAGCGUGGGGAGAUUAGGGGGGAAAAUUCAAUAAAUUUUUCUGAAAUUAAACUUUGAGUAUUGAGCCCGGGAUUAAUAACUUACAAUCUUACGAUUUUACAAUGUUUGUUUAUCAAUUGAUUACAUGUUUUAUAAUUGGGGCGAAACUAAUUACGUGUUAUGAUUUGAAAUCUAGUAAUCUCCUAAAUGUAUUCUUUAUUUUAAUGCAUUAUUGAUUGUCCAUUUCGUUAUAACACCCACUUUAAAUUACAUGUACCUCCGUCGAUGUAGUCUCCAUCGGUAUUUUUUUAUUAUUUCAUGUUAGGAAUGAUAAAAAAAAUCUAUAAUUAUGGAUACCCUUCCAAAAUCGAUCUGAUUGGGUAGGCAAAACAAGAAUUAAAAUACAAUACCUGAUAGUAUGGGUAACAUCUUACAUAAAUAUCAAGAGUAAUGAGUGGUAUUAUUUUUCCGCUAUCCAACUCGAACUCAUCCAAUUACAAAUUCAUAUGCGAUAUUAAUAUUUAGUAUAAAUCAUUAAUUUUUAUUUUAACAUGGUUGAUAUUCAUAGUAUAUCUGUAGCAUCCAAUGAACUAGUAUUCCUUUUUUUUAAUAUUUCUCUUAGUAUUGGUGAUUAUUAUCAAUCACUUUUGUUAUGGUAAUAAUAUACUUCUGAAUAGUAACAUACAUAAUACUUGAGAAGAUAAAGGCAAAACAUUAUCUAUGAAUAUCCAUGAAUAUCUAAAUCAGUAAAACCAAAUCUGAAUAUGAGCACAAUUCUCAUUUAUUAUCCAAAUCUUACAUGAAUACAGCAUGUAUAAACAAAACUCAAACUAAUUAGCAUAAGUCAUAAGACAAUGCAUAAUCACUAUUCAUUCCUAAUCCGACCCGUUGCAUCCUCAUUUUCAGUUGAAAUUAAAGCGAAUAUUAGCAGUUUUUCUUUUUUCCAAAAGCAUUGAAGAAUGACCGUUGAAUUCCACUUUGGUAUCAAUCUGUGAUUUCAAUGCGCACCACAACAGCUCCCAUUAUUCAAAGAAACAAAAAUAAAUAAAUUAAAAAAAAGGGGGAAAAAAAACUCCAGCUGAGCUGAGCCUCGGCCUUCCUCUCCAGCCCCUAAUAAUAAUAGUUUCAAGGUGGGGAGUAAAUGAUGGCGGUGGUGGUUGUUGUUGAUUAUCAAUCGCUUUGGUCGUCUCCCUCUCAUUCAUCUUCUUCCUCCAUAGCUCCUCCUUCUCCCUUCUCUCUCUCCCAAACAAUUCGCCAUUGAAAGUCCUACCUACUCCCUCUGCUACCAAAAGCAAAGCUUCCUCCGUUGCUUCCAACGUCGCGUCAACGGCAGCUGGAUUCAUCCUCCGGCCACAGAAGAAUCAAUUUCUUCCGACAUGCAGCAUCCGCUGUGAACAGAAGUUCUUCCGGCGUCAGUUUCUUCGUCGGCCGUCGUCCGUCGAUCUCAAGCUUGAGGACUGGAAAUUGUCGAAACUACUCGAUCUCCGGCGGUGACUUCGAUGAGGAGGAAGGAGGAGCAGAGUCAACCAGCAAGCGGACGAGGUCUUGGAAUUUGAAUUCGCGCUUGUAGAUAUGAGAAUUCGCUGAUUAUUUUUGGCGGUCUCCAAUAAAAUCCCUAGCUAAGCUGAUUUCUCUCGAAAAUCCCCAAUUUUCUAAUUUCCUAUUAGCCCAGACAAAAUCUACCUUUCUUCCCCAAUUUUCGGUCCCCGAAUUCUCCUCCCCCGGAAUCGGAAUCGGAUCUCUCUGUAUACAGUUUCCUUCGCCGGAGAAUCGGCCACCGUCGGUAUCCCCCGUCAUCUGGGGGAAGUAAACGUCAGGCCAGGCUCUUCUGAUCUGGUAUCUACUGUUACAGCAAUCGGGCAUCGUCAACGGCGGAGCGGGAUGAACUGUAAGCAGCACCCCUGCGACCUCAGCGGCAGCGUGGGUGUCUGCGCUUCCUGUCUCCGGCAACGGCUUCUGGCUCUGAUUGCAGCUCAGUCAAAGCUCCACCACCACCACCAAUCUACUUCAUCCCCUUGCCACCUCCCCCGCUCCCAUUCCCGGCCUCCAGUUGCAGCCUCUUCUACUUCUGAUCAACUCCCUCGCAAAUCCGAUUCCUCCCAACACCCGCUCGUUUUCCCCCGCUCCGUCUCUCCCUACGUCGCCCGUCGCAAAUCCCACGACCACCGUGGCGGCGGCGACGACCUAGACUCCUGGUCACACCACCACCAACACCUCCGCUUCCACACCACUCCACAGCUCGGCCCCACAUACUCCUCAGCGUCCACGUCUUCCUGCCAGAGGAAGUACGCCAAGCUGUCUCUCUUCGCGAAUCUCUUCCGUUCCAGAUCCGACAAACUGCGGAAUCCAGAUCUCGACACCGCUGCUGCAGCGGAUUCAGCUCAACCUUCUGGCUCUUCUUCUUCUUCGUCUUCCUGGUUUUCUUCGAUCCUAUCCGGUCGACGGAAGAAGCAAUCUGCUGUGGAAUCCCUUCCUCUCCCGCCUCCUCGGAGGAGACACCGGGGAAUGUCUCCCGCAGAUCGCGAGUUGCCCCAGGAAUGCGAUCCGACUCCUCCAGGCGGCGAUGUGUGGGAAUUGAAGAGAACGCCGACGUCGGUGAGACGCGGGAAGGCGAAGGGCGGUAACAAUGGUGGCAAUAGUAAUGCGACCGGGGCUGCAGCAGGGUUUGCUUUCUGCUUGAGUCCUUUGGUGAGGGCCAGCCCCAAUCGGCACUGGAACCAGAAGGCGGGGAGCCUUGCGCCGGACCUUGGUGAGGUGCGGGUGGCGGUGAAGCCGAAUCUCUCCAUGGCUGCGUCAUAUUGCGCGAAUCGGUCUCGGAAGCUGGCGGACUUCGGGCGGGCGAUGAAUCACACCCGCUGAGUAGGCCUCUGAAGGAAGGGGUGGCAAGGAUGGCCGUCGACAGGGACCUGGUGCUGGUGCUGGUAUGGCUUCAGCGAGGUUGGUUGAAUCUUUAGCUUAUUAGAAACUCUCCAUUGGGUUGCUUGGAUUCUAGCGUACAAACUGAAGGAGAGGAAUGGCUGGAACUGGCAGAAGCUUCAGGGGAAAAAUGCAUCCUUAGUUGUGUUUCUGCAACUCUUUGGUUGCUUUACGGAUCAUGCUCCAUAGACCGGCUGGGAUGAGGAGCUUCAUGAGCAGAUUGUCUGAUGUCGACAGUGCUGGAAGUUGAUAAGCCAUAUUUAUUGGGAAAGAUGUAGCAGAGUGUUUGCAGGUUCCAAGUGUUCCGAGUUGCAAAUGGUGAAUCUUAUUAAUGCUGGUCCUGUGGCAGUCCUAGCAGAUCAUGGGUUACAAAGAUUCUGGGCUUCUUAGCUUCUGGUUUUCUUUGUUGUUUAUCAACUAGAGGCUCUAUUAGUGGUGUUUGAUAGUUUUUACUGGUCUAUAGGUGCUGGAGUAUAAGGGUAUAGUCACAGAAUUGACAUUAAUGUAAAGCUUAUCGCCAUUUGAAUCUCUGUACUGCUUGUUUAUGAAAUACAACAACACGAUUCAUUACAAAAAAAAAUACUCUUUUGUUUGGAAUCUGUUAUCUAGAUAUGGUGUCUGACCUCUACGGCUGGGUUUUGUUAAUUCACCAAAUAUCAUUGGUGUGUCUCAUUACUAGGUACGUAGUGAUGGUACUUGGGCAGAAAUCAAGUUCAGCGCCAUCAUCUACUCCAGUAGAUCAGGUUGAAAAUCUUGAUCCCAGUUCUGUUGCCUCAUUCGCAAAGCCAGCCUAACCAGCUUCUGCCAUUGAGAAGACCUAUGCAGUGCCUCAAAACAAAGAUGAUUGGAAAAGACAAGCUUCAGAUGAUGCUUCUUUGUAAGCAUCUGAUACGAAAGGUUGGUUGUCUCUUUGAUCAUAGUUAAAAUACAUUUAACUUGCAUAUGUAUUUGACGCUAAUGUCUGCGUGUGAUUGUCACUCUGUUACUUGUUAAUUUGAACUAUCCAAGUUUUUGCUGCUUUUCAGGCUUUUAUAUCCAACCAGGCAAACCUCCUGGACACGAUCUAAUGGAUUUAAAUUUCAACAAGGCACUGGAUCAUCUCUUUGGCUGAAAACUUGCAGAAACAAGGUUGAAGCUAUUUGCAAGACUAGAGAACAGGUCUUCUGAAAUCUGAUAUGGCUGGCCAUGCCAUUCUCAUGGCCAGAGAGGUACAAUCGGAUAGUUGACCCUAUAUAUCUAGUAUGCAGAACGAAAUUCAUCAUCAUUCAGAGUUUCAGAUGGUAGUCGGUGGAACAGACCAAGCUGGAACCUUACAAAACUUUAUAUCUGCGGAAGGUUGAUGAAUAAUAAAUUUAAGCAGGACUUCGAUGAUUCUCUUAUUCCGUCGGACUAUUGAAAUCAUGUGGAAUUGGAUCUUUUCAUGAGGCUUCUCUUUCACAGGUGCAGCUAUUUAGCUAUUUUGCCUCGUUAUGCUGAGUAGCUCAUACUUUGUGACUUACGUUUCAAGGUUCUAGUUGCUGGUAUCUUUUUAGAGAAGCCCAAUCCCGAUAAUGGGACCAUUUGGGACUGUAUGUUUGGUGAAUUGUAAUGCAAUUUUGAUAGAAGUUUUUAUUUGAAAUCUCUGCUGCAGUUUUGAAUUGUAAUGCCAUUAGAUGUCAUGCCCCUUGUACUAGGGAAUGUGCCAUUUUAUGUCAUUUAGCGGUCUAGUUGCUAUGUUGUUAUCUCUCAAUCUAGAAAGGAAGUGGCUGAAUUGCUCUGUGCAGAGAUGCAAUGCUUGAAAGCUGAGGAGCGACAUAGCUUCUGAUAGAAGUAAUAGCCGAAAAUAGCAGGAUUCGGGGUAUUGAGAAAUGGAAGAUCACCAAAGUCGAAUGCCUAGAUACUAGAUAUAUGUUGAUUCAAAGUUUGAUGACAGACAAACUCUGUGAGUGGCUGCUGUGUAAUGCUCGUGAAAGGAAGUAAAGGUGCAUAUAUUUUUAGAUGAUGAAGGCCAAGGGGUUCUCCACUUGGCUAGUUCUGAGCAGUAGACAUUGUUGUUGAGGCUAGUGGCAAUCCUAAUUUCAGAGAUGCACAAGGAAGGUGAGUUGCUAUUCCUGGGCUCUUCUGCUGCCUACCUGCUUGCCUGAAUUAUUAUUGCUUGUCUGGAUCGUGCUCUCUAAGCAUUCUCUGUCGUUUAUUUGAUGACUGGUUGGUUCCGACUUGGUAAUUAUGGUGUCAUGUGUAUAUGAUAGGCUCAUAUGAGAGGGCAUCAGAUUCGGAGGCUGAAUGACGUUGGACUGCGAGGAUUUCAUGUCAAAGAGAUGAAUGAGUACGAGUUCUUGAUCACAGGUCGUCAACAGAAAUCUGCAGUACUUGGAAAGGCAGUGGCUAGAGUGACGUCGAUGGUUCGUCGCCCUGAGGCUCGUGACCAGUACCUGAGGCUAGUUACAAAACUGGAGACUCUCCAGGUAAUAGACCGAACUACUGUUGCCAUCCCCUCUAUUGCCGCCAUUUGAAGCGUUAUUGUAGUAGACAGUGAAUGCUCGAUCUACCGAGAGCUGAUUCAUUUGAUGAUUGAAACGGGUGAGGGAUGUCAGCUACAGCUAGAAGUAACAGAGAAGGGUGCCUGAUACAGUGAUACCGUGAGUAAGUUUGGAGACAACCGCUAGCCACCUAACAGUAGUAGCUGGUGAAUAGUUUUUGCUUAGAGUUGUCUUUUAAAGGUUAGGCUUCCUAUCAUUGCUUAAGGUUAGUUGUACGUUGUUAAGUUUGGAGACAACUGCUAACCACCUAACAAAUCCAUACAAUACAAGUUUGGGUGGAUAUGAGUCUAUCUUUUGAUAGUUCCUAAAAUUUGAGUGGGUGGGAAAUGAAUUUGGACAAGGUUC